GGGGCGGGGAAAGGGGCGGAGGAUGGAGACCCGGUGGGACCUGGCUAGACCUCGGUGGCCCGGGCUGGGCAGUCGCAGGGAUGAGCACUGGGGAGGACGGUGGGCUCGGAAGCCCGGCGAGGGCCCCGGAGCUCCAGGUCUCAUACCUUUUUUCCAAGAGAGAAACACUGUCCUGGCUUCUAAGGUUACCACCAAAGAACAUCGUUCUGGUCUAGGGGUUCCAGUUUCUGAAGCUGAAAAAAACCAGAAUACUCUCCAGCUAGAACAAGAAGUGAAAAAGCAAGAUAAAUUCAUCUCUGCACUGAAAUUACAGAUUGAAGAUCUCAAACAGACAAAUCAUGGCUUGGAAGAAUAUGUUAGGAAACUCUUGGAUAGUAAAGAGGUGGUAAGCAGUGAAGUAGAUGAUUUAACCAGCCACAAUGAGCAUCUUUGUAAAGAAUUGAUUAAAAUUGACCAACUAGCAGAGCAACUAGAAGAAGAGAAAAAUUUUGUGGUGGAUACCGCUGACAAAGAACUCGAAGAAGCAAAGAUUGAACUUAUAGAUCAACAAAAUAAUAUAACAGUAUUAGAAGAUACAAUAAAGAGGCUUAAGUCUAUAAUUUUAGAGACUGAAAAAGCACAAAAUAAAUCCCCCUCUAGACUUGAUUCCUUUGUCAAGACUUUAGAAGCAGACAGAGAUUACUACAAAAGCGAAGCUCAGCAUUUGAGAAAAAUGCUCAGAAACAGAUCUAAAAGCCCAAGACGCCCAUCUCCAUCUUCCCGGGGUGCCAACUGUGAUGUAGAGCUUUUGAAGUCAACAACACGAGAUCGUGAAGAACUUAAAUGCAUGUUGGAAAAAUAUGAGCGUCAUUUGGCAGAAAUUCAGGGUAAUGUCAAGGUUCUUACAUCUGAAAGAGACAAGACUUUUCUUCUUUAUGAACAGGCUCAGGAAGAAAUUGCCCGACUUCGACGAGAAAUGAUGAAAAACUGUAAGUCUCCCAAAUCAACAACAGCACAUGCUAUUCUCCGGCGAGUGGAGACUGAGAGAGAUGUAGCCUUCACUGAUUUACGCAGAAUGACCACAGAGCGAGACAGUCUGAGAGAAAGGCUAAAGAUUGCUCAAGAGACAGCAUUUAAUGAGAAAGCCCACUUGGAACAAAGGAUAGAAGAGCUGGAGUGCACAGUUCACAAUCUUGAUGACGAGCGGAUGGAGCAAAUGUCAAAUAUGACUUUGAUGAAAGAAACCAUAACCACUGUGGAAAAAGAAAUGAAAUCACUAGCAAGAAAGGCAAUGGAUACUGAGAGUGAACUUGGCAGACAAAAAGCAGAGAAUAAUUCUUUGAGAGUUUUAUAUGAAAACACAGAAAAAGAUCUUUCUGAUACUCAGCGACACCUUGCUAAGAAAAAAUAUGAACUUCAGCUUACUCAGGAGAAAAUUAUGUGCUUGGAUGAAAAAAUUGAUAAUUUUACAAGGCAAAAUAUUGCACAGCGAGAAGAAAUCAGCAUUCUUGGUGCAGCCGUCAAUGAUCUGGCUAAAGAAAAGGAAUGCCUGCAAGCAUGUUUGGACAAAAAAUCUGAGAAUAUUGCAUCUCUUGGAGAGAGUUUGGCUAUGAAAGAAAAGACCAUUUCAGGCAUGAAGAAUAUCAUUGCUGAGAUGGAACAGGCAUCAAGACAGUCUACUGAAGCCCUCAUUAUGUGUGAACAAGAUAUCUCCAGAAUGCGUCGACAAAUAGAUGAAACCAAUGAUGAGCUGGCUCAAAUUGCUAGGGAAAGAGAUAUCUUAGCUCAUGACAAUGACAAUCUCCAAGAACAGUUUGGCAAAGCUAAACAAGAAAACCAGGCUUUAUCCAAAAAACUGAAUGAUACACAUAAUGAGCUUAAUGACAUAAAACAGAAGGUCCAAGAUACUAAUUCAGAAGUUAACAAGCUGAAGAACAUAUUAAAAUCUGAAGAAUCUGAGAACCGGCAAAUAAUGGAUCAACUCCGCAAAGCCAGUGAAGAUGCUGAAAACUGGGAAAAUAAGGCCCGUCAGUCAGAGGCAGAUAACAAUACCCUCAAAUUGGAGCUUAUCACCGCUGAAGCAGAGGGUAACAGAUUGAAAGAAAAAGUAGAUGCCCUCAACAGAGAAGUUGAACAACACUUAAAUGCAGAAAGGUCUUACAAGUCCCAGAUUUCAACUUUGCACAAAUCUCUUGUAAAGAUGGAGGAGGAGCUACAGAAGGUUCAGUUUGAAAAAGUGUCUGCCCUUGCAGAUUUGUCUUCCACAAGGGAGCUCUGUAUUAAACUUGACUCAAGCAAAGAACUUCUGAAUCGACAGCUGGUUGCUAAGGAUCAAGAAAUAGAAAUGAUGGAGAAUGAGUUAGAUUCUGCUCGUUCUGAAAUAGAACUCCUCAGGAGUCAGAUGACAAAUGAGAGAAUCUCCAUGCAGAAUCUAGAAGCUUUGUUGGUGGCCAAUCGAGACAAAGAAUAUCAGUCUCAGAUAGCACUUCAAGAAAAAGAAUCUGAAAUUCAGCUGCUUAAAGAGCACCUUUGCUUGGCAGAAAAUAAAAUGGCCAUCCAGAGUAGGGAUGUGGCCCAGUUCAGGAAUGUUGUAACACAACUGGAAGCUGACUUAGACAUUACCAAGCGACAACUGGGGACAGAACGUUUUGAAAGGGAGAGGGCUGUCCAAGAACUUCGCCGCCAGAAUUAUUCAAGCAAUGCUUAUCAUCCAAGCUCAAUGAAGCCAAAUACAAAAUGUCAUUCACCAGAACGUGUUCACCAUCGAUCUCCUGACCGAGGCCUAGAUCGAUCCCUAGAAGAGAAUCUUUGCUAUAGAGAUUUCUGACACGCCAUAAGAUUCUUCCCAUCCUCGGAAAGGUCAAAAUUACAGAUGGAUUUUUUUUGCUAUAUGAUUGCAUUUAUCUUUUGAAUGCUUGACUAUGUUAAAUGUAUUUAUUACUGUUGUGCCUCUGAGUCUCUGUUCUUGUGUACCAUAUCGCAGUGAUCGGAGAUGGCGUAUAUAAACAAAAAUGCACAUGGCUCUGUCUAUCCAUGCAGUAAUAGUGAGCGCAAAUUCUGCUCACUUUGUUGGGCACUGUUUUGUUAACUAUCCGGAGUAAAUAAAGAAGCUUAAAAAAGAGGGACAA